AUGCAUCGGGUUAGAGCCUGCGGACAUAUAGCAUGUUCUUCGCCGGCAGGGCUGGGAUUUCUAUUUCCGGAUUCGGCCCGACAUGGCGCCGCCUUUUGCUCAGUGACUGGCGCUGCUGAGAAGGGUUUUGUGAUCCUCAAGAUCGGCUUCCACCGCUUGGAUGAUCAAGAGUCAGAACCGGGCGGUCCACGACUUGAUUAUAUCCGCAGCAAUCUCUUUGACGUGGACACCGGUCGGAUUCUCGAGCACGACAUUAAUGGUCCAAACAACGACAUUGUUGAUGUCCUGGAGCCUAGGAUACAGCAAGCAAUCGCCGAGGGGGCUACUGUCUAUAUCUUUGGCGAGCAAUUUAACUCGGAAGAUGGCAUACACAAUGUUCACAUGAACCAGGGCAACAUUCCAAGGUACUCAGGUGACGACGGCGUGUUCCAGGACGGGGCCCUCGUCAUCCAUUUCCCUCGGUCCAAUAGCCCUCGGUCCAAUAAAUGGGUCGGUAUUUUCCUUGCCUUUGCAUCGCAGGCCGUGCAUACCAGUGAGGUUGAUGGCCAUGCCAUUUCACGAGUGAGGUGGAAGGGCCUCCUGCUUGACGACCUUGUCGAGAAUUCAGUGGCUAUCCGCCGGGGCCUUGUGAAUACCACUGAAGGGCAGCAGUUUGUUACCCUGGCGAAUCUCACAAACCGCAGGGUGUCGCUUGCACGUUGGAGAACUCGCAAUUCGGAAUGGGCACAACAGGUUCUUUCUAGGGAUUCCGCUUUAAACGCGAGAGCUACCAAUGACUUUUCUAUUCCGCACUGCCGGCUCUCUCAGGACGGUGACACUAUCACUUUUCUCGAUCGCGAUGGGCUCAAGGUCGCUGGCGUCAGAUAUAACUCUCAGCAGGGAACCCAGAAUGGGCCAAUUGAUUUCGCAGGCCAGGGUUGA